UUGUGAUCGUCCACUACCUGUUUUGACGGCAAUCAGUAAACAAAGCUUUAAAUAUCAAAUUUUUAUCAAAAUUUUAAACUCUGUGAGGCAUGGGUUAUAAUAAAAUUGUAUACAUGUUUAAUUGUUGGUGUUCAUAACUCAAAAGUUUUUCGGAAAUGUUGUCCAAAAAAUCAAAGUCUUAUAAAAGUGUCAAGUUCGGAUGAGAAUUCACCGGACAAAUAUGAAUGUAUUGACUACGAUCGUCAUUUAAGUGCGUACAAAGAAGUUAGCCAGUACUCAGAUCUUGAGGUGAACAGAUCUGUAAUUGUAGAUGAUGGUAUACCUAUAGAAUGCAACUUGAUUGCUGGCGAAUUGGAAAAAGGAAACUUCAGUUUAUUUACGGGUAGUGGUGUUUGUUAUGAUAGACUUAUAACAGAAAUCAAUAAUGGUACGGUUACACAUAUAAAUUCACCAAGUAUUACAAUUUUGAAAUGUGAUGGAUUGGAACUCACGUCUCAAACUGAAUUAAAAAUACAAAAUAUCAACAAAUGUUGUGCGAGGGGGCAAGUUUAUGAUAGUGAAUAUCAUUUCUGUAGAAAAGAUCAAGAGUUCAAAGAAGAGUGGCUGAUUAGUGAAUUAAAACAAAAUACAUCUGACAUUUUCGUAAUUGAAAAUGAGCUAGAUUGUGGGGACGAGGAGUAUUCUGUAGAAAUAAAAGAAGGUGUUUUUAGAUUUAGUUUAAUUGGUAGUGUCCUUGGAAUUAUUAAAGAAACUGUAGGCGAUGAGCAUAACAUGACGUGGAAGACUUGGUGUGUAGACCAGGAUUAUAUGAGCCGGCAACUUGUUGCAAGGGUCUGUACCAUGAGCUGCAGUGAUUUUGGUGCUUAUUGUUUGAAAAAGUGUUGUCACAUGGGAAACCACGUAUCAGGAUGUGGUAAAGUAAGAAGGGCUUGUAAACGGAAUUAUGAUGAUAGAUUUUUAUUUAAUCUAUCAUCGUACAUAGAACCUUUAAAAAGCGAGAGAGGUGAUAUUGGAGAUGUGAUGGGUAUCCAGACAGGCUUCAAAUGUCACGAUAACCGGGCUAGGAAAAUAAUCUUAAACUCCUCAUUGAUAACGGAUCGGCAUUCCCUCGAUAUGAACGGGUCGCUUCAAUUAUAUCAUGGACUGACUAGUGAAUAUUGCUUAGAUACAUUUGAGUGUAAUGGAAAAAUUGAAGUAGCAGCUUCUACAUGCAUUCUUAUUGUACCUGCUAAUCAUUCAAAAUUAAUAUUUACGCUAUUAUCGAUAUCGGUGAUGUUUUUAAUAAUAACAUUAGUGGUGCACUGCUCUAUAUCAGAGUUUCGGAACCUACAUGGCUUCAAUUUGAUCAGCUAUAUUAGCUCUUUGCUGCUGGGUUAUUUGGGUCUUGCUCGUGCGCAAUACGGAUUCAUACCAGACAUCAAUGUUUGUACGGCGAUGGGAUAUUGCAUUUAUUUUGGGUUCAUGUCAGCCUUCAUGUGGGUCAAUGUUUUGUGCUUCGACAUAUGGUGGAAGAUGAGUCAUAUGCAGUCAGUACAGCGCAGUAUGAACAGGAGCUCAUGGAUUAAGUUUAUUAAGUACUCUUUGUAUGCGUGGGGAAUGUCUGUCUGUUUCACUUUGACCACAUUUCUACUGGAUAUUUAUCCAUUGUCGCCGAUUCUCGAUGCGGAAAUGGGCAAAGGACGCUGCUGGUUUGGUGCAAGGCUAAUAAUAUCAAACCAAACAAGUAAUGGUACGACGUUGUCAUCGCAGGCACGCUCUACAAACAUUUCUAUGACGAGUGUACAAACAUCAAUAUCAAAUUCUUCGGUUCCAGCAACUUCGCCGAGUACAGAGAAGAAAGAAGAAUGAGAAUCAAUAUUUUCUGAAUUUUUAGGCAAUGAGUAAAUAUGGUGUUUUGAUGUUUAAGGAAUAUGGAAUUACUGCGUACAAAACCAGAAAGAGCUCCGUGACGUUUCGUCUUAAAUAGAAUCUUAACAUUUUCAUUAUUUUUCCUGUCGGUAGUAGUUUCCUUACCCAAACGAUAAAAACGGGACUCUGUUACUUAGAUCCGAUGGACGUUUGUCUCUCUGUCUACCUGAUGAGCCAUUAUAGAUAGGUAUUUUAAAUUUUUACAUAUGAUGUACCUACAUAUUGUACACGAUGUCAUUUUAAAAUUAUGAUCCAGUUUUGGCCAUUAUCAGUGUUACCUGUUAACGCAGUUUUGCUUUAAUGCAAAAUUUUAAAAACCAUUCACUUUAAAGUAAGAUAUUUGCCUAAGCCUUAUUUAGAACGUUUAGAAGUUCCAAAUGCCU